CGACUGCCGCCCGCACGCCGAGGAGGGCGCCGCGGAGGCGGAGGCGCAGGCGGAGGGGCGCGGGCACGGCGCGGCGCGGCAAUGGAUUUCCAGCAGCUGGCGGACGCUGCGGAGCAAUGGUGCUCCAACACGCCCUUCGAGCUCAUCGCCACCGAGGACACCGAGCGCAGGAUGGAUUUCUACGCCGACCCCGGCGUCUCCUUCUACGUGCUCUGUCCGGACAACGGCUGCGGCGACAGUUUUCACGUGUGGAGUGAGAGCGAGGACUGCCUGCCUUUCUUGCAGCUAGCACAGGACUACAUCUCCUCCUGCGGCAAGAAGACGCUCCAUGAAGUCUUGGAAAAAGUCUUCAAGUCCUUCAGACCUUUACUGGGGCUUCCGGAUGCAGAUGAUGAUGCAUUUGAAGAGUACAGUGCGGAUGUGGAAGAGGAGGAGCCCGAGGCAGACCACCCCCAAAUGGGGGUCAGUCAGCAGUAAAACUUCGAGGGCGCCUCUGGAGGAGAGUGAGCCCUGCAGUACCCUUGGUGGGGUCGUGUGCUCUUGGGUUAGCAUUUGCAUUAGCACCUCAAAACAGGACGUCUGGCUCCCAACAUCCAAAUUCAGAUGAAAUACCUUUUUCAUGACCACAAAAUAUCUGUGAUGAGCUUUGCUCCGAAAUGACCUGAAUUUCAGUCCCACUUCAGUGGGUUUUCUAUGGAGUUGUCUUGUGGUAGCCUUUGCCACUUUGAAUCUAGAGUCCAUUUUGUGGCUGCCUAUUCUCUCUUGAGUUUAUGUUAGAGAGUUAACAUUCCCUGAUUGGAAUGUAGAGAACUCUGAAUGUAUUAAGGAUGUGUUUUGAGUCCUCACAGGUGACCUUGCUGAGGAAAACCAUGGCGGAGAGGAAAUGCAGUCUGCACUUUUUAUGUAUCCUUAAGUGUCCGUAAGUGAAAGGUUUUACUUAUAAAGCACGAGUUUUAAUAUCUAGUCGUUCACCUGCACAAGUACAAAGGCAAGGGCAGAAGAGGAGAAUCACUUAGCUUUGGAUUAAGAGGGGAAGAGAGGCAGAGAAGACAUGAGAGUAUCGCCAUCAGUACCUGCGUACGUAGCAGCUGGUUCCUGAAUAGGUGUAAAUGUUACUUCCUUCUUCAGUUGUUUGAAAAUAUGCUAAUUCCAAAGCUACUUUUAAAGUCUAGUAGUGGAAGAUAUAAAUGGGGUGAAAGACAUAAAUUAUUGACUUCUUUCAGCUAUUUAUAAAGCGUCCUACAUAUGAAAUCAAACAUUUACCUUUUCUCUUUCUAAUGAGGUGGAAACUUGUUAAAUUGUGAAAACAUCUACAAUCCAAGUAAGUGCCACUUAGAUUGUGAAGCCAUAGAUAAAUUUAAUAGGAAAAUAAACCAGGAUUAAAAAAUUUUAAAUGCAACAGAAUUCUCCUUUACUUUCUUAAUCUUUUAUUCUUUAAAAAUGAAAAGUCAAGAAAAGGCUCCUGUUAUUUAGUUAAAGUUAUAGUCAAGUACUAUUAAGGGACCUAAUGGCAGUGAAUUCUUAGAGUGCCAUGAAAGUAGGAAUAUUAAUCAUGGGGUAGCUGGGUUGAAAGGGGGCAUUUUAAUAAUCAAGAUACUCAGACAACUCAUGGAGACAAUUGCUGUUAUUUAGCCAACAGAUAUUUACGGGUACAUCCUUUGCAACACUUACUUUCUUGGACCUUUUCAUAUCUUUGAUUCUAAUAUCUAAGGAUGUGGUGCCUCCUUUAUAGCACUCAACUAUUCCUAGCAUCUGGGUUGGGGAUGUCUUAAUCAUGCACACUGGUGCCCAUUAAGUCAUCAGCAUUUUGAAUUUUAAAAAAAGAAAAACCAGGAGUAGCUGAAGCCACAGAACUCAUGGGAGUCUUGUAUAUCUUCCAGGCAUGUCGAUGUAAACCUGAUUGUCUCAGCAUUUUCUGUUUGAGUGGUGCUGUGGGGAGUUCAGCUGUUCGUGGUCAACUAGUGUACUACAGUCUUAAGUCCUUGGGUGAAAUAACACAGUGGUUUCCAUCUGUGCUUUAGUACCCAUAUUUUCUUCUUUGCUUGGAAAACAUGAGCAGUUAAUUUCAAGUUAAAUGAAUUUCUUUCAAGUAGCCUAUUAGCAAAACCCAGUUUGGGGUGAGUGGGUCCCACCUUUUGCAGCCCUGCCUGUGCUCCCACUGGCUCUGCUCUCCAGCAGAGAAGGCUGAGCUCUUCAGUCUGUCGCUAUUGCCCAGUUUGGUAACCUCCGUUUUUACACAAUAGGAUGCAGGAAUGCCUUCCGCAACAGAAAUGAAGCUCUGCUACCUUGCAUUCUAAGGUAAACUGGAAUUUUAUACAUAGAAGCUUCAAAUCUAAAUUUACAUAUGUUUGGAAAUGGAAUGGACAUUAAUAUAAAAUAUAUUUUACUAAAAAAGUAUUUAGACAUUAUCCAGUACAUUUCGGUAUUAUCAUGUUAAUGUUCUCUGUAUAACAACGGAGUUGAGGUAGACUGGGCCAUUCAAUGGGCUGAUGAAAAUUCCAGGCUUUGUUCCACCGCAGGGGUAAGAGACAACAACCCUGGAUGAGACUUAUUUUCCAUGGCAGAACCCCAAAGGUAUUAGCAAAUCUGAUUGUUUCCUUUCAAACUUCCUUUUCUUUAAUGGUGUGCCCAGUUCUCCCAAUGCUCCUGUUGAUGUGCACACGUGCACACACACAUGGUCACUCACCCACAUCUACUACACUGUGGCUACUCUUUCUGGAGCUCUGAACCAAGACCAACUCAUGAGGUCAGAGAGAUUGGCAGCCUGUAGGUUAUUUUGGAAAUUGUUCCUGAACUGAAACAAGUUCAUGACCUUUCCCAAAGGUCCAGACCAGAGUCACUUACCAGGAGGCAGAGAUAGUAUGGGAGAAACAUCUACUGGAACAGGAAGGACAGCUGUGUCCUAGCCUUGACUCUGCCACUGUCUCCAUGCCCAUGAUGAGUCACUUAACUAGAAUCAGUCAGGGCCCUUUGCUCUUCCGGAAUUAAAUGCUCCUUCUGUGGCUGCCUUAGGAAGUAUAUGGGCAGAGGAGUAACAGUCACCGACAGUUAGGGCCAGGAGAAGGAAAUAUGUUUGGAAUCUUGCCAAAGAUCCUGUCUUUAGGAUGACGGCCACCAAGCCACCUUAGAAUAUGUUGGCCUGUGAGCAUCCAACCCCAGAGUCUGCACUGGGCCCAAUCAGUGCAGCUAAUGAGAGCCUGUCCCUAACAGGAGAAGGUACCUAAGAAGAUGUAUUUGUCUUGACUGUCCCUGCCCCAUUUGCAGAAGGUAGAGCUUUUCUUGGUCCCCUGACAGUGGGGGCUUUUUGGUAUGGUAAACAUUUAACUCGGGUCGGGGGCAUGUGCAUGAGACUAGUUGGAAAAGAGUAAAAGAUGAAUACUUUGACUUUUUUGUCCUGUCAUUCAGGAGAAAGAGAGAGUGAAAGUAAAGUCAGUGAGCAAAUGGGUGAGUGUGUGUAUGAGAGAGAAUGAGGUGUUGUUGAUCGAUGGCUUGUUGGUCACUGGCCAGCUGUGAAAUCUGAACUCAAGCUUGUGAUCACAGUACAAAGCCAGGGUCGUUGGUGUGACUGAGCCACGGAGACACUCUUCUUAUGGCUGCCUGGCUCCUUCACUCUGCCCGGUGAUCGUGUCAUGCAGGCUUCAGGGAAUUAGUGAAUUGCAGAGCCAGGGAGAGAGGCAAAGCCCCAUGUGGUGCCUGGUCCUGCCAUGAGUUCCGCUACACAGAGGCUCCAUGUCUGUUGCCCAGGCUCACAGCAACACAUGGUACAUUUUAUUUUUCCCUAACCAAAACACAGAAAGUCCAUUAUACAGGAUGGUUCUCUUUGUGUCCUGGUGCCAGAAUUGGGUUUCUAGUGUACUUAAGUGAAAGCCUCUCUCCUCUAGUAGUGGCCAGCAUUGUUUGUGUAUAAAUAGAAACUCUUCUCUAGCAUAAUACAUGUCUUUGGAUAUUGUUUCCAUUUUAUGAGAGCACAGAGUGUAUGGUCCUAGGAGAGCUGACCCCAGAGUGUCACUGUAAAAUGUAUAUUUUAGGAACCUACUUUGCAUGUUAAAAUUUAUAGGUUGGAAAACUGGCACAAAUCUGAUUUCCCAUAGUGAGGGGAUGUCAGAAUAGACAGGAUUUAAUUUGAGUGUAAGGAGAAGAACUGGGGCAGGGGGAGAGUUAGGUCUCAAAGUCAUAUCUGACUUGUGAAAAACAAAAACAAAAACCAGUCAUCAGUCACCAUAUAACUGGUUGCAUGGCUCUUUAGGGACCUUCCUUCCUCAAAGAGACUUGAGUGUUGAGAGGAUGUUGGCAUGGGUUUAUGGCUUUAAAAACAGCCCCCAGCGAAGGACACAGCAGGUGUCCUGCACAUCUGGUGGGACUCCGUUCCUUCGGGAACCCAGCUGCCAGCCAGAGAAGCCUGUCUUUCAGGAGAGCUGGCAGAUUGAGGAGGGGCCAUGGUCAGGAUGCGAGGGGCAGGCCCACCUGCUCCACCUAUUCCCGAGUUGCAGAAAGAGCACAAAGAAAACUGCAGUUGGGGGGGGUAGAUCGCUUCUUCUCAAGGGUGAGCCAACUCCAAAGAGAUGCUGUUGCUGGUUGCUUCCUCUUUAGAGAAGCCUAAGAUUUUUUUUCUUUUGCAUUAAAAAAUAAUCCUCUUUCAUAAAGACCCACUCAGUUAUCUUGGCCUUCUGAUAACAGGUAUGACACAACAAGCUGAUGUCUUUUAGAUUUUAUAAAGAAUAAUUCUAAAACUUGCCAGAAUGCCUGUAGCCUGUAGUCUCUAUGGCAGUGAACAUUUCAUGUUAAAAACCCCAUUUAUAGCAAAAAAAGUUAAAAGUGUGUCCCAGACCACAUAAAAAUGAACAUUUAGUUUGCUCAGAACUAUGUUCAAGUUGUUCGGUACUAGAGAGGAUGCUGGCACUGUUUUUGGUAAACUGCCUUUCCCUGGUUUUUUUGUUUUGUUUUUGUUUCUCAAGAUUCAUUUUCUUACCAGGUACUGUAAAGAUGCAGAGCAGCACUCUGUACACCAAAUGUCAGCUUCUUAGAGGAGGAAGUAGAUCUUCAGUGACAGACCAAUCUGACACGAUCUAGAUCCAUCCCUGAUCUGUGAAUGAGAGGCAAAAUGUAGCUAAGAGAAAGAAAGAAGGAAUGGGGUUAUGGUUUGUUUUUUGCUUUGUUGUUGUUGUUGUUUUAGGCAAGAAGUGUUUCGUGUAGGGUGUGUGUUCUUUCUUUGCCUUCAUAUUUCCUUUGAAACAAAUCUCUUGUAAAUUACAAAACUGUGAAAUGGGUUGCCAAAAACUGUUGCCCUUUGUUAGAUGCCUCGAACCCUGUGAAUCCUCUCUUGCACCCUAUCCCCAUCUGUUCCCUCCUCCCUCCCCGGGAGAGCAGGAUCUCAUCCAAUGCUGUAAUUACCAUCCGCUUGCUAUUAAAGAGCCUUCCAAACCCUG